UCACACAGGUACAUUGGCUGACCUCUGCUCUGCUCUGCUGAGACUACCACUAGCAAGAUGAAUGUAGAUACCUGCAAAAUAAAUGGAGGACAUACCUAUGAUUCUAACUAUAUAGAAGAGAUCACUAAAGACAAUAGGAUAUCUUUGAUCUUUUCACUCAAAGAAGAAGUUGGAGCUCUGGCCAAGGUCCUGCGCAUAUUUGAGGAAAGAGAGGUUAGUCUGACCCACAUAGAAUCCAGACCUUCUCGUCUCAACAAAGAUGAGUACCAGUUUUUCAUCAAUUUGGACAACAAGAGUAUCCCAGCUCUGGAUGAGAUUGUCAGAUGUCUGAGGCAAGAUAUUGGAGCUACUGUGCAUGAACUGUCCCGAGACAAGAAAAAGGAUGCUGUCCCAUGGUUUCCAAGAACCAUUCAGGAUCUGGACAAGUUUGCAAAUCAGAUUCUGAGCUAUGGAGCGGAACUCGAUUGUGAUCAUCCUGGAUUCACUGAUCCUGUGUAUCGGGCUAGACGCAAAGAAUUUGCAGACAUUGCAUUCAAUUACAAACAUGGUCAAUCUAUUCCUCGUGUUACCUACACAGAACAGGAGAAGAAAACAUGGGGAGAAGUUUUCAGAGAGCUGAAAUCUUUAUACCCCACCCAUGCUUGCUAUGAACAUAACCAUGUAUUUCCUUUGCUGGAAGAAUACUGCGGGUAUAUUGAAGACAACAUCCCUCAACUUGAAGACGUGUCUAAUUUCUUACAAAGCUGCACUGGAUUCCGUUUACGUCCUGUUGCUGGUCUGCUGUCCUCUCGUGACUUUUUGGCAGGACUAGCAUUUAGAGUUUUUCAUUCAACCCAGUAUAUCCGUCAUUGGUCAAAACCCAUGUAUACGCCUGAACCUGAUAUUUGCCAUGAACUUCUGGGACAUGCUCCUUUAUUUGCUGACCCAAGCUUUGCUCAGUUUUCUCAAGAGAUUGGAUUGGCAUCACUUGGUGCUCCAGACGAAUAUAUUGAGAUGCUGGCUACAGUGUACUGGUUUACUGUUGAAUUUGGCCUUUGCAAGCAGGGUGAAAAAAUAAAGGCUUAUGGAGCUGGCCUGCUUUCAUCAUUUGGGGAACUACAGUACUGUUUGACAGAGAAGCCAGAAGUGAAACCCUUUGAACCAGAGAAGACAUCUAAGCAGAAAUACCCAAUAACAGAGUUCCAACCGGUUUAUUUUAUUGCCGAAAGCUUUGAAGAUGCCAAGGAGAAAGUGAGGAAAUUUGCCGCCAUAAUACCUCGUCCUUUCUCAGUUCGCUACAAUUCAUAUACACAAAGUAUUGAGGUACUGGAUAAUGUACAGCAGCUCAAAAAUCUGGCUGACUGCAUUAACGGUGAAAUUGGUAUCCUGUGCAGCGCUCUCAGAAAGCUGGAGUAAUAAUAUCAGUAAAAGCACUGCAGUGAUUCCAUCAUGGAUGAAGACUGCUAUCAAGUUCGAAUUGUUCAAAUAUGAUUAGUUCAUGGA